GGUGCACAGUGAGAUGCGCAUGUGACGACAAAAGCAGACGCAGGACCCGGUUUCUCUCUUUCAUACUCUGCCAUCAAGACUCCGGCAAGACCUCCUCCUCAGUCGACAUUCCCAGGCUGCUCCGACCUGAACAGACCAGGUCUGCUCGGAUCUAACUGCACGCAGCCGGCUCUGGCCCAGGCUAUAGCCAUGCCUCUGCUGGAAGAGACCACUCUACCCCAAGACCACCCACCCACUGUCCCUGUGGUCAUCAUAGGUAAUGGACCAUCAGGUAUUUGUCUGUCCUACCUUUUGAGCGGAUACAAGCCCUACUUAGACACGACAACUGUCCACCCAAACCCAAUACUAUACAGGAAACUGCAGGAGACCAAACAUCUCCCCAUCACAGAACAGGAUCUGGAAUAUUUAAGUGAGGGUCUCGAGGGGAGAUCAGGUAAUCCCGUGGCUGUGCUUUUUGACACUUUGCUGCACCCAAAUGCUGACUUUGGCUACGAGUUCCCUCCUGUACUUCAGUGGCGGAGGGACAAGCAGCAACACAUCCCACAUCUGGUUCUGGGGAGAGCAACACCCGGGGGUGCCUGGCAUGCGAUGGAGGGUUCGAUGCUGACUAUUAGUCUUGGCAUCUGGAUGGAGCUUCCAGGGGUCAACUAUAGAGACUUGACCAAUGGAAAACGCAGGGAUGUAACCAAUGAUAGAGCAACCCCCGAAGAGAUCUCGUCCUAUUACCGCAACUAUGUGAAGCUAAAGGGUCUCCAAAAGAAUUUUGUUGACAACACCUAUGUGACCUCCGUCCAGAAACUCUCCCGGGGGCACGAUGGGGAAGGUUUGAAAAAUGGGCACACUGAUCCAGGAGAUGAAGGGGUGGGGAAUAAUGGGAAUCAAGGCUUUGAGGGAAACGGAGUAGAGUGUGUAAAUAGUGGAGGAGCAGGUGCUCUUUGGGAAAUAAGGGGAUACCAGCAGGUGCAGAAUGACACUCAUGUCCCCUUCUCUCUGUUUGCUGAGAACGUAGUCCUAGCCACUGGUGCAUCAGAUUCACCCGUUCGUUUAGGCACAGAAGGGGAGGACCUACCUUUUGUAUUCCACAGUAUCUCUGACCUGGGCUUGGCUGUAAGCCGGAGAAAACUGGAUAUGAACUCUGAUCCAGUUCUAAUCGUAGGUGCCGGUUUAAGUGCUGCUGAUGCGGUUCUGUGUGCUUGCAACAGCAAUAUUAGAGUGAUUCAUGUUUUUCGUAAGAGGGUAGACGACCCAGACCUCAUCUUUAAGCAGCUGCCCAAGACCCUGUAUCCAGAGUACCACAAAGUCUACAACAUGAUGUGUUCUCAGACCUACACAAAUGUGGAUCCUUCUUCAGGUCCCAACAGACCCCAGGUGGUUAGCAUUGCCUCUUCCGUAUGUGCCAAGAUGUGCCCCAAACCCCAACUUGUUGCAGGGAACAUGGCUGGUAAUACCAGUGUCAGUCUCCUUCCUGACUACACCAGUUUCCCUGAACACUGCGUGGUGUCCUUCCAGUCUGACAUGAAGUGUUUGCUGCAGGGGAACAACUCCCUCAAAGCCUUCAAGAUCUCCAUGGCCCUGGUCCUAAUUGGGACAAACCCAAACUUGUUUUUCUUGAAGGGGCAGGGCCAGUACCUGGGUCAGGAUCCAACAAAACCCAUCUCCUGCAAGCAAAACCCCAUUGACAUCCACCCCUACACUUUUGAGUGUACCAAGGAGCCAGGUUUGUUUGCCAUGGGCCCGUUGGUGGGAGACAACUUUGUUCGUUUUUUGAAGGGUGGGGCAUUAGGCAUCUCCUCCUGUCUGCUGAAGAGACUCAAGAAGAAAGGGAAGCUCAUCAGCAGUGGAGGAAAUAACAUCUUGGAAACAUGAUGGAGAAAAGUGCACAACACACCGAGUCUUGGGAGCAGGUUUCAAACUCUUUUACCAACUGAGGGGGGAGUUCAUAUAUGUUUUUGGCAUUAACGCAGUGUUUUCUCAUCAAAGGCGGUUUUACAACAUUGAGACCAAAAGGACAAUGGAUGUACACCAAUUAGUUUCUACAGAAACAAAGAACCGUUUUCAAGAAUCUGACUUCAUAUGAAGUCCCCAUAUGUCCAAGCUACAAUGUGCCAAUGUUUUCUAAUCAAUCUGUAACCUCAUAACAGACAAGGACCUUAUUUUCAUCAGGUUAUUUAAUCAUUCACUACGUGUCUUCAACUUGUUGUUUUUAUCAUGCUUUGGGUCUUAUUUAACCUAGCUGUUAAGAAAAACUAAAGAUAUAAGACCACUACUUCAUUUCAAAAGAUGUAACUUACUGAUGUAGUUGUGUAAGUGGCAUGUGCUCUGAGAGCAGCCUGUGGCCCCACUUACAAAUCUACAAACUGUAGGUAACACAACCAUGGGUGGCGUUUGCUAAAUGACGCACACACCAGAUUCUUCUCAGAACCUGUGACCCAACAAGUUAAUGGAUAAUAGGUCUUAACGUUCCUGAUUAUUGAGCCUUUUUUUCUUUAAUUCUUCUUUUAGCCGCUGUUCUAGGUAGUUGGAGCUGUAGACUAAUAAAUCUGACCCAUUGCUUUGGUUAUACUGCGACUGAAAGGCUUCUAUGCAAACAAUUUCCCUUGCAGAUCUGAAUGAAUUCUUGCACACAGAAUGCUAAUUUUAUUUGUAUUACAGUAACCUGAGAACACAUUAAAGACCACACUUUAAAGGUACUUCUCUUCAUAUAGCAAACACUUGUUAUCUUUAUCUGAGACAUAGACACUUAGGGCAACACUGACCCAUGUUUGUUAUUGGAUUAAAAAAAAAAAGAUGGACGUGUUGUUCUCUGACAGAGUACUAAGUUGUCGUAGGUAAUUCAUAGAAGAUAGGUUAAAAGAAGAAACACUAGUGUGAUCCUCCAAUUUGAAAGAUAAUUAACAAUUAUAUAAUAACUAGAAACUAGUGCAAAUGUUAUGUCUUGCUAUGAUGAUCCAUUUAUCCCAAUGCAGAAUAUUAAAAAGUAUUCUUGUCAUUUUGGGCAGAAUCAUUCCCAACUCUAAACACAUAUAGACACACAAGGGUAUCUAAGACAUAAGGGUCUUUACAAAGUCAAAACAGGACAAUCACACCACCCACUAGUUUGGGUGCAACAGUAGUACAUGUUGCACCAUGUAAAGGCUCGCAUCUGCUUAAUAUUUUACAAUUUACUACUAAUCUAGCACUGUAGUGGUAUUAGUUUUUCUUGAUCAAGUGAAAUGUGAUUCACAACGGUCGAAGUUAAAAAAUUUUUUAUUUCCAUAGCUAUUUCCAAAAUACACUAAACACGUCAAACGUUCACAGGUGAAAUCAUGUUAACUUUAGCAGUUAGUGUGUGUAUUUUGAAUUCUUGUGUCAUGAUUUAAAAUCAUCUCUGCAGUAAACAGCCAUGACUGUUUUGUUAAGUGCCAAAUAACAGAAAGGGUUAAGAGGAGUCGCAGUCAAGCUUUCAUUUGUAUAUUUUUCAGUCUUUUAAACGCUAUUUUGAAAAAUGUGAUGCCACAUGCAUUUAUUUUUUGGGUGCCAUGAACAGGUAACUCGUUUACUGCGAUGUGACACUUUUGACUAUUUUGUAGGGAUGUUCUUCUUUUGCUUCUUUCAACGCAAUCUAUAUCAGUAUUGGGGGCUGAUGCAUUACUAAAUAGCACAUUAUGUAGUCUUAUUACUUCAGUUUAACACAUUGUUUAGGUAAUAAACUAGUUAACUAGUGAAAAUGUUACUUGUGUUAACAAUUGAAUCUGAGCUACCUUGAUGCUUUUUCCACUGACUUCUAAAUAUUGUUUUGAUAUAAAUAUUAAAUAUAUGCAUGCAGGCAUGAACUACUGCCUAGCAGCAGCUAGUACUACUGUACAGAGGACUGGCUGACUCAAGAUAUUUUGUUUCUUAAAGAUAAAACUAUGAGGCUGUUCGGGUGAGACAUACAUGUCCACUGCUUUAAAGCAUGACGUUUAAUUUCUUGUGUCAGUCUCAACAUUUGAGUCCAGAUCUGUAUGAGUUUUGUAACACAAGUAUUUCAGUAAUAAGAAAAAUAAUAAUAUUGCAACACAGAAAAAAAAAAAAACAUGUGUUUAUAACUUCUUAGAUCAGUCUGCAGCCUAAGAAAAAAGAGACUUCUGUUAACUCACCAUUCCUGCUGAAUGGUGAGUUAACUCUCUAUUCUGUGAAUCCAACCAUCUGCACAGUAAUGCCAGCAGAUGUUUGGAGUAACGACGACUUAUCUGAAGAGUUUCAGAUCUGGUAAAGUGCCUAAAGAGUUGGCUCAGUGGAGAUGGCUUAAGAAAUGAUAACACUUGAAUCCCUCUCAAGUUUAUAGUCCUGCUAAAACCAGGGAACACUCUAGGUCUUAACUUCAAAACGAAGGAACGGUUGCUUUCAGCAUGUAGACUUUUAAAGCUCUCUUGUACAACUCAAGACUUUUUAAUGUUUUGUAUGCCAUAAUUUUUUAUUAAUAACAAAUAAAAACUUUGAGAAAAAUCUCUGAA